CGGUGUGAGCUGUCGCCGUUGCCUCCUCCCCGCCCCGCCGGACGCGCCACCGGGUGCUGCUGCGGUGCUGGCGGCGGCAGCAGCAGGAGACGGCGGCUGCGGCUUCUUCGCCUUGCGCGGCAGCGGCGCACCUGUACCUAGCGGCUCGGCUCAGGUGACGCUGCUCGGGGAGCGGCACGGAACGGCGACAGCAACAUCCCCUCUGCAUGAACGACGGGGAGCAGCCGCUGCCGCCGGUGUCUCUCGCCGUGCCCCGAAGUUACUGCCCGCCUGCCAUUUUGGUGCAGCCCUCCCGUUCUGCCGGGGACGUUCCUCGUAGCUGUUCCUAGCCAGGGCAGAGCACAUCAUGGGGAGAAAACUGGAUCUGUCUGGCCUGACUGAGGAGGAGGCAGAGCAUGUGCUCCAGGUGGUGCAGCGGGACUUCAGCCUGCGGAAGAAAGAAGAAGAGAGGCUGAGUGAAAUGAAGCAGAAGCUGGAUGAGGAGGGGAACAAGUGCAGCAUCCUCUCCAAGCAGCACAAGUUCAACGAGCACUGCUGCAUUCGCUGCUGCUCCCCCUUCACCUUCCUCAUCAACAGCAAGAGGCAGUGCCAGGACUGCAAGUACAACAUCUGCAAGAGCUGCAGCUCUUACCAGAAGAAGGAGAAGGCCUGGAUCUGCAGUGUCUGCCAGCAAGCAAGGCUCCUGAGGACCCAGUCCCUGGAUUGGUACUACAACAAUGUCAAAAGUCGCUUCAAGUGUUUUGGAAGUGCCAAAGUGCUGAAGAACCUGUACAGGAAGCACAGGCUGGAGAGUGGAGCUGGUCUGGACGCCCUGGCAGAGGGAGGUUUUUCUGAAGGCAGCUUUGAAAAUGAAGGAAGCAUCUGUGGCAGUGACUCCACGUUCUACCAGCAGACAGAAGGACACAGUAUGAUGGAUACCCUUGCUGUGGCCUUACGUGUUGCAGAGGAAGCAGUGGAAGAAGCUAUUUCUAAGGCAGAGACCUACAGUGACAGCCUGGACAAGCAGAACGAGGCUUGUUACUUGCAGGAGCACAAGGAGGACCUCAUAGAAGAGCUGGCUGCAACCAUUGUGCAGAAGAUCCUCAAGAAGCAGAAGAGCAAAGCGGAGCAGGCUGAGGCUGACCUGGCAUGGCCGCGGUGGCGCAGCAGCGGGCUGGCGGCUGCCUCGCACCAGAGCAUGCUGACCUGCCCGGGGAGCCGCAGGGGCUCCUACACCUUGUGGAGGUCUCAGUCUGCCUUCUCCCUGGCUAGCGAAGAUGCGGCCGCUAAAGGACAGGAGCCUGCAGCCUCUCUGGCUGAGGCUCUUUGGAAGCAGCAGAAAGGACAGCUCAGGAAGCAGAAGGAACACAAGCUCUCUGCACUGCCCAGCUGGAAAAGUGUGGACAGGCUCAAUGAAACAAGCACACCUCCCGUGUUCCAGAGCCGGGACGGGAACUGGGUGGCUCUGCAGCACGCCGCCCUGCCCCGGCCCCGCAUGCUGGCCAAGCCCAAGAGCCAGGUGUUCAAGGCUCUGGAGAGCGAGUCCAGCAUUGUGUCUGCCUAUGACGAGAUGGGCUCGGACAGCGAGGAUGACUACGACUGGAACGUGGCCUUGAACAAGCUGCGGCGGAGGCCUCGCCACUCCCCGGACGAGCUCUGCUACACCAACUCCCAGUAUGGUCCUGAGUGGGCUUAUGGCAAGGACCAGUUCCAGGCAGUGACCUCCCCAGGCUCUGGGCUGUACACCAACACCGAGACGCUCUUCUCCGACUCGGAAACCUCUUCGGUCAACUCCUCCCAGGAAGCUCAAGGGCCCAGCAGACUCCUCUGGUUACAAAGCAGGACUCCAAGUGGUGUGCCCAGGGUGGAGAAAAGCCAUUUCCACGGAGAGCUGGAUGUAAACUUCAAUCCACAGGCAACCAGCUUGGAGUAUUCCGACAGCAGCGGGGCCGAAGAGGCGCAGUAUGACAUAGAGAGGAGGUCGAGGAGGAGGAGGAGGAGGAACACAGAGCUCUCUGAAGAAGCAGGUGAAGACAAAACUCUCACAAAAGCCAACACAAUGAAUUUAAGUCAGGAUUUUGAUGAUUUGUCAGAAACUGAUCUAAGCAGUGAGGAUCAGCAUCAGAAUACCAAGCCUGACACUGUGGAAGAGGAGCUUAAAUCCAGGUUAUUUCACAUUGCUGCUAAAAUGAGUGACAAGGAAACCUCUUCUGGUGAAGAGCAAGAGACAGAAGCUAGAACAGAGCCCGAAGAGCAGAAGGAGACUUCAGAGGAAAAUGGCAAAAGUAUUCAGGAAGAGCUAAAGAAGGAAAAACAAAAGGCUUUUGACCUCCAUUUAAAGCUGCAGUUUUUAUCCACUGUGUUGCAGCAGAAGUACUCUGCUGUCUCUCUCUGCAACAUAUCUACAGAAGUCCUGAAAGUCAUCAACGCCACCGAGGAACUGAUAGCAGAAUCCAGCAGCCCCUGCGAUGGCCCAGCUGAGGCUCAGGACAGAGGGAGAGGACCCUUCCCGGUGGGCACAGACCCUGCCAGGCUGGACGAGCAGCUCACCACGCUGGAGGAAAAUGUGUACCUGACAGCCAGCACAGUGUACGGGCUGGAGGGGCAGCUCAGCAGCCUGGAGGACGCCGCACGGCAGAUCAGCAGCGUGACCGCGGAGUCUGAGCUGGCUGACCUGGAGGACCAGGUGGCCACAGCUGCUGCCCAAGUGCAUCACGCCGAGCUUCAGAUUUCAGAUAUUGAGAGCAGAAUAUCAGCUCUCACUGUUGCAGGCUUGAAUGUGGCUCCAUGUGUCCGCCUGACAAGGAAACGGGAUCAAAAGCAAAGCAACCAGAUGCACACCAUAGACACAUCGAGACAGCAGAGGAGAAAGCUUCCAGCUCCCCCCGUCAAAGGUGAGAAAAUAGAGGAGUCUCCAGUGACCACUGUCAGGACGUUCAACAGGAACUUCAUGCUUCAAGGAUCCCUAACACAAAGAACUAAAGAGAGGAAAAGCACUGCCAAGGACUUACUGGAGCCUGCUCUGGGAUCUGCUGUGAUGUACUAAACUCACCACCUCCCUACUGCCAAUAACACACUGCCUAAGGCUGCACACGAGAGUGCCUUUACUUAACAGCCAUUGUGUAUGUCCAGCUGAAAAUGGACCCUCCCCAACCCACAAUGCCUCGGUCAUAGGGCUUCAUUUGGAUACCUCACUGAGAAAGCUGUCCAAGUCUUCAGCAUUGUGGUCUGCUAAAGGAAACUCUGCCUUAAAAGUUCUCACCAGACUCUAGAAAGGAUGCUGAGUUUCAAAAGCAAGGCUCCACAUUUUAAGAUGCACUUUUUCUCCCUACUGAUUGUACUCAAGUUUGUCGUCUGUAGACUGCAGGAUGUUUUUGUAACUCCCUCACUCAUUGCUCUAGGCCAAUAUUUCCCACAGAGAGCACACAGCAGAUCCAUGCUCCAUGUCUGCUGGCCUCCUGCUGCUCCUGCAGCAUCCCUCUUGGUGAGCAAUAAGAACAACUCUGUGCUGCGUGGUGGGGAUGGAGAGCCAGUGUGCCCAGCUCUGCUGCCAGGGAGGCAGUUUGGGCAGGGUCUGUCAGGGGUGAGAUGUGCUAGGACUUCUCUGCUCCCUGGGGGCAUGGUUGGCAGUUGAUGUUCUAGCUCCAGAGCUGGGCACUUUGCUCUUGGCAGCAGGGGGCAGCAGGGGUGUUGUGCUGAACCACGAGCGGGUGGCAGCAGAUGUGGACCAGGAGUCUGCUGGGUUACAGUCCUGGUGUCUGGAAACGUCUGAUCACUGUUGUGAAACCAACACCUUUGUUUGUCUUGUUCUUCUUGGUAGCAUUGUCCACUUGGUGGUGUCCAGAAUAAAUUCUGACCAGAUCCUUAGGACUGGAAGAAGUCAAAAGCUUUGCAGCUAAGGUCUCUGCUAACUGGCUGGUGGCUGUGGCUCGGCUACAGCCGGUAAGAGAAUCCUUCCUGCUGUUCUUGGCCUUCAGCCCAGACACAGCUCUUCCUUUACUAGUCUGUAGCCAGUGCAGAGUGGCUGGGGCCUGCCACUGGUGCCAUGUGCACCCUACCCCCACUGCACCACUCUGAGAUGGACUGUGAGUAGUAACAUUUCUUCUUUCCUCCCUUGAGACCCUUGAAAGUGAGCCAUGAGCCCAGGAGGGACGAUGCUGCUUGCAGGAUGUCCCUCACCCUUUGUGGGGAGAACCUUGCCAGUCUGUGGUACCUUUUGCUCUGAAGAAUGGAGAGGAGGUGGUGAGUGCAGAGCUGGCCCCCAGAGGUUGUUGUGAAGCAUCCUGUGAGGGAAAGCCUGGGCUGGCAAGUUCCCUCUCAGCAUUAAGGAGAGAAGAGCAGUGGGCACCAGGGAAAGAGGAGAGCUGCUCCGUUCCCUGGGCUCCCAGUGAGCCAUGCAGCAGGAGGGCAGUUCCCUGGCACACCUGCCCAUGGCAAGUCUGUGGCUGGGCAAAUAGGAGCAAAGCUGGGCAAAUUCCCUGGCUAGGCUGCAGUUAGCAGGGCAGGUGGGGAGGGUGAGGAAUGGCUGGAAGGGAGGGUUGGGAAAACAGAGCCCCACACAUCUGCCAUCAAGCUUGGCAGCACUCUGAUGUCCAGCUGCAUGUAAGGAACCCUUGGAACAAACACAACCACCUUCCCCCCACUGGUGUCACUCUGUCCCUGCAGGGAGUUUGUCUGCCCAAGGUCCCACCCAGCCUGCCCAUGCCGGGUACAACGAUGCCUUCUUUCCCCCUCACACAGCACCAGGUCUCUGAAGCUGCUUUGCACAGCUCAUGGGGGCAGAACGUGGCCCACUCUGUUUAGCACAUAAAUACCUGUAUAAAAUGACUCCAUUUGAUUUAUAUAUGCAAUCCAGGGCAGGAGGUUAAACAGAGUAGGGUGCCUAGGAUGUUGUUAGCCUCCCUCCUCCUCCUCCCCCCCCCGACUGUUCUCCUGUAUGUAUCCAGCACAUUCCCAGGGUCUGGUUUCUGCAGUAUGCCUGUUAUGAAAUGUCAUCAGCCGUGGCUGGUCUGCAUCUUUGUCAAAUAAUAACCAAUAUUGUGUAUGUGAUAUCACUGCAGCAAUGACUCACUCUGCUAGGACAGCUCUGUGGCUUUUCUUCUCUCUAGUGUGAUUUAAACAAGCCCACUAAACCUUGGGGCUAGGUCGUUUUUCCUUAAGAGGCAUGAAAAGCAACUCUUGUCGUGUUACCAUGUUCAAAUACUCAGUCUGCUCUGACAGAAAGCUAAAUAAAAACGUGUUCUGUGUGGGCAUUGCUAAAACAAACUGAACAACAACAAAAAGAGAAAAAAAAAGAAAAGAAAAAAAAAAGAGAAAAAAAAGGAAAAAAAAAGAAAAAAGGAAAAAUAUGAAAAGAGAAAAAAGAGAGAAAAGAAAAAGGAAAAAAUAAAAGAAAAAGGGGAAAAAAGUAAAGAAAAAAGAGGGGACAAGAAAAAAGAGGGAAAAAAUUUAAAAAGAGAAAAGAAGAAAAAUAAAAAAGAGAAAAGAGAAAAAAGAAAAAAAUAGGAAAAAAAUGAAAAAAAGGAAAAAAAGAGAAAAAAGACAAAAAGAAAAAAGACAAAAAAUAGAAAAAAGAAAAGAAAGAAAAAGAAAAAAGAAAAAUAAAGGAGGGAAAAAUAGAAAAAAAAAAGAGGAGAAAAUGGAAAAAUAUAAAAAGGGAGAAAAAAACAGAAAAAAAAGAGAAACGAUAAAAAAAUAGAAAAAGAGAAGAAAGAAAAAAUGAAAAGAGAGGAAAAAGAAAAAAGGAAAAGAGGAAAAAAAAAACAAAAAUGAAAAGAAAAGAAAGAGGAAAAAAGCAGAAAGAAAACCAAGGCAAAGGCCAAUCCUACCUGCUCUGAAGCGUUUGACUUUUUACAGCUGUCUGUGCCAAACCUGUGCAAAGAUACAAUUUACUGUUACCAAAAGCAGUGGCAAAAGCAAUCCUAAAGGCAUCUCUCUGUUCCAGCACACCAAGAAUGAUUUUGUCAUGAAGUGAUUUGGGUCUUUAGUGUUUACUAUUUCUCUUUAGAAUGACUUUUGCUAAUGGGAGCUGUUUUGCUUGUGUCAGAGGAAGCCUGGAUGCUGUGUCUGAUGAAGCCUGAGUGCAUUUGAAGCUUGCCUUGUCGUUGUUCUCUGCAUACCAUCAGCUGUUGUCGAGAUGCUAACCAAGUAAAAGCCAUUGAUGGGAA